GAGCGCAAACUUCAGCUGGUGUUUGAGUCCCUGAUGCGGGAGCCAUGGGGCAGCGGGGUGCUGAGUGGGGAGCAGUGCUCUGUCCUCAGUGCCCUGGCUGGCCGGCGCCUCGGGGUGGCCCUGGUGCCAGGCAAGAGGUCAUCUGCAGUGGACGAGUCAUGCCAGUCCCUCCUGUCCCAUUCGGACAUCAGCUAUGACCGCACUGAGGAUGAUGUGGAUGUUGAUAUGACGGUCGUGCGGACCCUGAAGCGCAAAGCACAGGAGAGACAGCGUGUGUCCCUGGCUCCUCAGAUCGGCCCUGUGGUGGUGGCAAAGCGGCACCGGUCUUCUGUGGCACCCCACAACACUGUGAGUACGGACCCUGUGUCCCCCGAGGUCCCAGCCCCUGCCAGCAGCCUCCUGCCUGCUGCUCUGGUGCCACGACGCCGCUCUCGCCAGGGACACUGUGUCUCCAUGCGUGGCGUGCUGGCUGACUUCGCCCCCCCCACGCCGCCCCUGGUACCCGCACUGGAGGUGCCGUGUGUGCCUGAGGUGGAGACGCGGGGCAUUCUGGUCACCUUCAGCCUUCACCCGGCCUUCCUGCAGGCUGCCGACAUCCCGGAUGAUGCUGCCUGCGGCACGGCCCUGCGCCAUGUGGUGAGCAAGCUGCCCCCAGCCAACAGGGACACCCUGGCCUUCCUCAUGCUGCACCUACUUAGGGUGUCACACAGCCCCGACUGCAAGAUGGAUGUGCUCAACCUGUCCCGUGUGUUUGGUCCCAAACUGGCGGGGCAAAAACCCACACCCCUUGCCAUCAUGGAGGACACACCACGGCAGUGCAAGGUGGUGGCUCGGCUCCUCUCACUGCCACCUGACUUCUGGAGAGGCUUCGUGGGGAAGGAGCAGAACCUGGUGCCAACGCCAGCACUGGGGGGUGAACGCGAGCUGUUCUUCCACCCCAUCACCUCCCCGGAGCCCAAACCAGGCCAGCUCAGCCCAGCCGGCACCUGCUGCCUCCCCAGCACCCUGCGGAGCUGCGUGGGCACGGCUGCCCGGCCCCUGCAGGGACCGGCCCCGAGGAAGGUGGGACGGUUCUUCCCUUCUCCUGUGUAG